AUGGACUCCUCCGUCGAGAAGCAGGGGAGCGGGGCGCUAGAUCCGGACGAGCGCCCGCCGGCCUCCGGCGAGACGAAGGCCUGCACCGAGUGCCACACCACCAAGACCCCGCUCUGGCGCGGGGGACCCUGCGGGCCCAUGUCGCUGUGCAACGCGUGCGGGAUCCGUUACCGGAAGAAGAGACGGGAGGCGAUGGGCCUGGACUCCAGCAGCAAGGCCGGCGGCGGCAACGAGCAGCAGCAGCAGCGGAAGAAGAAGGCCACCGCGGCCGCCGCCGCCGCCGCGGCGUCCAAGCGGGAGAGGGAGAGGGAGAGGGAGAAGGCGGCGGACGAGGUCACCGUGGAGCUCCGCGCCGUGGGGUUCGGCAAGGAGGUGGUGCUGAAGCAGCGGCGGCGGAUGCGCCGGAGGCGGCGCCUCGGCGAGGAGGAGCGCGCGGCCAUCCUGCUCAUGGCGCUCUCCUCCGGCGUCGUGUACGCCUGA